AUGUGUUAUUUUCGUUGGAUUGAUACUAUGCGUACCGUCCAGACUAAUAAUUAUAGCAACGGUCAUGAACUUGAACCACUGAUUAUAGAGUCUGAUGUGUCAAAGAAUGCCACCAGGCUAGCACUUACUAUGAACUAUCAAUCACGGGCAGCAGUCAAGGUUACGAUAAAGUUGGGCCUGUUUGAAUCUGUGACUAAUGGAUUGCCGCAUUGGGAUUGGUGUUCCCCGGACUGCAACCCGGUGAAAGAAGCAUCGUCGGCCCUUCGAUUCUCCCCAUAUGCAUGUCUGCCUUUAGCUUAUAUCAGUCCGAUCAUCUCUUCCCCCAGUCCUCCCACAAUCUGGAUGAGUUCUACUCCGGACUCAUCGGGUUCGUCAACGCAAGAGAUGGAUUUCGGCGGAACCCGAUCUGGGGACAGAUAA